UUGAACGGAAACUACAACUCCCAAGAGGCCGUGCGGCCAAAGACACACGAGAACUACGGAGGGAGAGUCUCGCGCAGCAAACUGCCGCUCUCGCAAGGCUCGGGCUGCCCUUGGCGCUGCCGAUCCCGGAAGUUGCUGCAUUCAGGCGUUCGCCGACGACAGCCCAGCGCGGGGCGGGGUCACGUGGAGGGGGCCUGAUUGGGAGUCGGCGCAGGCGCAGUCCGCGCGGGUUCUCGCACGCAAAACGGGUGCGAGCGGCGGCGAUGGACGACGAGGAGGAGACGUACCGGCUCUGGAAAAUCCGCAAGACCAUCAUGCAGCUGUGCCACGACCGUGGCUACCUAGUGACCCAGGACGAGCUUGACCAGACACUGGAGGAGUUCAAAGCCCAAUUUGGAGACAAGCCGAGUGAGGGGCGGCCGCGGCGCACUGACCUCACCGUGCUGGUGGCCCACAACGAUGACCCCACCGACCAGAUGUUUGUGUUCUUUCCAGAGGAGCCCAAGGUGGGCAUCAAGACCAUCAAGGUGUACUGCCAGCGCAUGCAGGAGGAGAACAUCACGCGUGCCCUCAUCGUGGUGCAGCAGGGCAUGACGCCCUCCGCCAAGCAGUCCCUGGUCGACAUGGCCCCCAAGUACAUCCUGGAGCAGUUUCUGCAGCAGGAGCUGCUCAUCAACAUCACGGAGCACGAGCUGGUCCCUGAGCACGUUGUCAUGACCAAGGAGGAGGUGACAGAGCUGCUGGCCCGAUAUAAGCUCCGAGAGAACCAGCUGCCCAGGAUCCAGGCGGGGGACCCUGUGGCGCGCUACUUUGGGAUAAAGCGUGGGCAGGUGGUGAAGAUCAUCCGGCCCAGCGAGACGGCGGGCAGGUACAUCACCUACCGGCUGGUGCAGUAGCCACCGCCUGACAGCUGUUCUCGCUUCGUCCAGCAGCAAACCCGUCCUAGCAGCAGCAGCCCAGCUGGGCCACCAGGCGCUCCCAGGACAUCUCCAGCCCCCACCUGACUACGCGGGGCGUGCGUCUCCCCCACCACUGAUCCACCUUAGAACCGAGAGACGGGCGGGGGUGUGGCGGGCCUUUCCAGAAGAGGGUUUAGAAACCUGCCCGGAGACCCCAGCGCUCGGAGAGGAGGGGCGGUUUCAGGCCAACCCUUCCCGGAGUGGGCACCUGGGGAGGGACUGGCCUCAGUCAGGAGCGGAACAGCCUUUGCUCAUGUGAGAACCUCGCAGCUCCCCUGGACUCUGGUCCUGGCAGGCAGCCCCACUUCACACUCAGCCCAGGGGUGGGGCUCGGCCUGGUCUGAUGCUGACACAGUUCCUUUGAGGUCAGAGCCACUGCCCACACCUGUGUGACCGCUGGGCAUAAGUGAGCCGCCCAGCCUCUGCACUGUGGCCUGGGCCUCCUCCCGCCCGGCCUCCUGCACCUCCUUAUCGCUCAGUAGUGGACGUUGGGCUGUCCUGGGCCGACUAGAUCUGCCCCACUCGUGUGACCACCCUCCACUUCUUUCCCAGCCCCUAGAGGCAGACACACAGUGACCCCCAUCCCUGCAGGACGGAUGCCCCUGCCCUGCCAGAGUCCAGCCCCCCAGCUCUCCCGGCUGCUGCUGCUCUGGACUCCCCAAGGCAGGUGGCCUUCACCCAAGUUCUCCCGUCCUGGGGUGAGGCCCAGCCGGCCCCAUUCACGUGUGGAUUUGUGCAAGAUGCAGCCUCAGAAGAGACAAAGCCCCUGAGGGAGGUCACCUGGGGGCAGUUGGUGCCGGGCCCCCUCUGUCGGGGGUUUGGGGUCCCGGUCUCCCACCAGCCACUGCUUCCUCCCGGGCUCUCAGCCUUCUACCCCUUGUCUUCCCUUCCUCGGGGGCCCUGAUGCGUGGUGGCCCCCGCCCAGCCUCGGCUCCUUACUCCAUUCACGGCUGUGCACACCCUCGAGCCACCAGGGUGUGAGAUUCCAGCUCUGGAGUUUUCGGUUGUUGUAGGAGGUUGGGUGUUUUCAAACGUUAAAGAUGUUUUGAGCAAAUAAAUUCGCUUGAUAUGAAAA